AUGAGUGCCAAGAAUAACAUGUUUCACAUAUUAAGACAAGAAGAUAAGAUAAAGAGGAAGUCGAAGAAACUGAAAGAAGACCAAAUAAAAAAGGAAAAUGAAAAAAAAAAUGCGAGCAAUUUCUCCUUUGACAUAAGCAAAUACUCUUCAUGGGCUGACAUGGUAGAUGAGUAUGACGAGUUUUUUUAUGAAGUUGACAAACUACAAAAUCAAGAUAAGAAUUCAGCAGAAGGGAAAAAUGGAAAUGGAAAAAAAAAAAAGGGAAAGAAGAAAAAAAAAAAGGUACAAGAUAGCAGUGAGGACGAUGAUGAAAAUGAGGAUGAUGAGGAAGACGAGGAACAUAGGGAAAAUGAGGAAAAAAGCAAUAAAAUGAAUAAUGAUAGAAUAAAUGCGAACAGCAGUAGUAAAAUAAACAGUAAUAAUAAGUCAAGUAAAAAUAUUGUAGCACAAGUGGGAGCACAUUGCAAGGAAAAUAUAUAUCAAAAUCACCUGAACAGUACAGGUGAAAACAACCCUCAUGAUGUUGAAAACCAAGAUAAAUUAAAAAAAAAAAAAAAAAAAAAAAAGAAAGAGAAAAAGGAAAAGGAAAUAAAAGAUGAAAUCAAUGAUUCGCUAAAGAGAGAAGAUGAUUGGGAAGGCAAGCCGAACGAUGCGUUGAAUGUGGUUACGCAAAGCGAGCUGGGUGAAAAACACAAAGAAAACAGUAGUGUAAUUGGCGUGAAUGAAAAACUAAAGCUCUUGUUAAAUAAUGAAUCAAAGAAAAAAAAAAAGAGGGAAAAAAUCGACGAUAUUAUAGCUAUUGUUGAGAAAGAAGAAACGUUAAAAAAAAAACAACAAGAAAAAUUGAAGCAAAAGGAAAAACAAAAAUUGAAAUUAAAACAGAAACCAAUGCAGUGA